UCUGGACCAGUCCAGACAUGUCCGGGUCCGGGUCCGCGGUUGCCAUGCUUUAAAAUGCUCAUUAACCGCCGAUACAUCCGCAUGCUAAUUGAUAGUGGUUCAACCACUAAUUUCUUUUCUCCUAACGGGAUUCGUAAGGCGGGCCUGGGAAUGAAGCAAGUGGAACUGCAGAACUCUUGUCAGACCCAGGUGGGCAACCAAGAGGUUGUCACCUCCACACAUGCUGUCAAAGGUGUGCGCGUCACCUUUGACAAGGACCGCACUGUCACUCAUGAGCUCAACUUUUAUGUCAUGGACAAGUGUCCGUUCGACGCGGUCAUUGGCUUGGGCUGGUUAAAGGCUCAUUGCCUAAGGACCACGUGGGCGGACAAUCAGUUCGUGGUGCGUGAUGCCAAGGGGAACAAGCGUACCAUUCUAUUGGACGAGACGCGCGAGUCCCCUGUGACUCUUCUAAGUGCAAACAAAUUCUGCAAAUCAAUGCGCAGACGCAAGGAAGUGGAGCAUGUACAUGUAACUUUUGUAAAGCCUCUCCAUGUGCCUUCUACUUUUGCUGCAUUUUCUACCUCGGCAAGCAACUCUACUUCUACCACCUCUACUUCUAUUCCAUCUACUUCUACUGUGAAUAAUCCCUCUACUUUUGAUCCAAGUACUUCAAAUCCAGUUGUAAUUGCUGUAAAUUCGCAAUCUGAUUUUCUUUCUCCUAAUGAGGAUGGUCCUCCACCAGAAGUCCCAACAAACAUUCACCGGCUAUUAGAUCGAUUCCUUGAAAUUCUCGCCGAACCUCGUUUAGUUCCCGAGCGUCCGGUCAAACACAAGAUCGAGAUAAUAGAAGGGAGUGUUCCUCCAAAGAGCUACGUCUACCGUAUGGGACAAGGCGAGUUGGAGGAGUUGAGGAGGCAGAUUGAUGACAUGAUCGUCCGUGGAUGGAUUAGGCCUAGUGAGUUUGAGUUCGGUGCACAUGUCCUGUUUGUGCCAAAGAAAGGAGGCAAACUCCGGAUGUGUAUUGACUAUCGUGGCCUCAAUCGAAUCACCAAAAAGAACGCUUACCCUUUGCCUCGCAUAGAUGAUCUGCUAGAUGCGGCAGGUGGGUGCAAGGUCUUCUCCAAGAUCAACCUCAAGUCAAGUUACCACCAGAUUGAAGUUGAUCCGAGUGACCAGCACAAAACGACAUUCAAAACACGCGAUCGGCUAUACGAAUUCAUCGUUAUGCCCUUCGAUCUUACGAAUGCACCAGCCACAUUUCAGUGCCUCACGGACAAGGUACUCCGCCAUCAGCUCAACAGGUUUGUGGUUGUGUACCUUGACGAUAUCCUGAUCUUCAGCAAGUCCAUGAAAGAGCACGUCAAGCACAUUGAGGAGGUCUUGCAAGUCCUCAAGGACGCACAACUGCACCUCAACUCAGAGUCUGAGUUUGGAAGAGACAGCGUCAUCUAUCUUGGGCACCGGUUGUCUGCAAAAGGCCUUGAGCCGGAGGCAACCAAGGUUGAGGUCAUCCGAAAGUGGCCUCAACCAGCGAAGGUACGCGAAAUGUGUACUUUUCUUGGUUUGGCCUCAUAUUACCGGAAGUUUGUGCCCAAAUUUUAUGUCAUUGCUCACCCACUCUCAAGAUUAACAAGUAAGAAUAUUGCAUAUGCGUGGUGUGAGAAGAGUGAGACUGCGUUCCAAGCCUUGAAAGAGGCAUUGGUGAGUCAUCCUGUGCCCCGCAUUGCGGAUCCCAACCUCACAUUCGUAGUCACUACGGACGCGAGCCAGUUUGGGAUUGACGCAGUGAUGCAACAAGAUGAUGGUGAUGGCUUGCGUCCGCUCGAGUAUUACAACAAACGCAUGCCCAGCCACAAGUUUGGCCACCCGAAAACUAUUGUGAGUGAUCGGGACACCAGGUUCAUUAGUAAAGAUUGGAAGCACUUCACUUCUCAGAUCUACGACAUUAAACUGAACAAGACUUCUGUUCGACACCCCGAAGCCAAUGGAUUGGCUGAGGAAGUCAACCAGACUGUCAUCCAACUACUUCGCGUGAUAAUUGUUCCAGAUCAGAACACAUGGGACAAGGAGUUACACAAAGUGAAGGGGUUGUACAACAACUCCAUUCACUCUGCAACAGGUGUGACACCGAAUCAGUUGCAAUACGGAUGGCACCUGCGCAAUCCUCUCUCCUAUCUGUUCCCCGAACGAUCACCUGGUCUGACGCCCGGCAUGCCUGGCUACAAUGCCAAGUAUGCACGCUUGCUCAAAGUUGUUAUCGCAACAAUGAACAAGUGUCCGCAUGUCAUGAUCAAACAUGCUAACAAGUCGCACAAAGAAUCGAACUUCAAAGUAGGGGAUUAUGUCUAGGUCAAAAUGUCUAAGUUUUCUGAUGAAGAGGGCGUAUCACGAAAGCUUCUUCCAUUGUACUAUAGCCCUUGGCAGGUUCUGAAAGUGAUUGGGGAUGAUUUUGGUCCUUCAUAUGUGAUUGACGUGCCUCCUCAUCUGCGGAAGACCGGAUACGUGCGCAGAUGAGGAGGCACGUGUCCAAACUGUUCCCACACAUUGAUGAUGAGACAUUUCCCUUCCGAGACCCUAUGAUACCUCGCUCUAUCGACGGCGGCCAUGAGACAGAAUGAAUCAUUUCUCACGAG